AUGACAAAUAAAGCCCUAAUUUGGAUUAAACAACGAUGGCGUUUGGUAACUCUUAUACUUAUACCAUUAGUUCUUCUUCCAUUGCCUAUUAUCAUUAAAAAAUCACAAGCAAGAUGUGGUUAUAUUGUACUUAUUCUUGCUCUUUAUUGGAUAUUUGAAGUAAUACCAUUACCAGUUACAUCUUUAUUACCACUCAUAUUGUUCCCAAUGGCUGGUGUCUUAGAGGCUAACAAAGUAGCACCAUUGUAUUUCCAAGAUAUCAUUGCACUUUUCUUUGGUAGCCUGGCAUUUGCUCACGCUAUAGAAUUAGUUAAUCUGCAUCGACGCAUUGCACUGUUUGUAUUACGUCAUGUUGGUACAUCAACGAAAUGGACUUUGGGUGGUCUAAUGGCAGUAACGGCAUUUCUUUCUAUGUGGAUUAAUAAUUCGGCAGCAGCAUCCAUUAUGUUACCCGUAUCAUUAGCUAUUAUCGAUGAACUUGAACGUCACGAAAAGAACUAUUCAGAUAAAAAACAAACUGUCAAAGAGGCAACGUCUACUGUAAACGAAGUGCUCGAAAUAACUGAAACGGAAGUACAAAAUGGAGGUAUAUCGAAAGAAGUUAUUCUUGAUGCAUCUCAAAUAGAAGAACCGAACACAGGAGUUCCUGUUGAAGUAAAACAACGUUUUCGAUCGCCAUGGCAAAAACAAGGACAAUUGAAAGUUGAAAAAACACAUGAAAAAAAAUAUGAAGAAUUAAGAAAAUGUUUUCUUCUUGCUACUGCUUAUUCAGCAACUAUUGGCGGUUUAGCAAGUCUUGUUGGUACAGGACCCAAUGUUUUUGUUAAAGGUUUUAUCGAUAGUACAUAUAAAGGAACAAAUUUUAAUGUAAAUUUUCUCAAUUUUCUGUUAUUUGCAUUGCCCGUCGGGAUAAUAAUGCUUAUUCUAUGUUGGUUAUGGUUACAAAUACUAUAUAGUAGACAAGAUUUAUUUAAAUGCCGAACUGAUCCUGAAGACCGUGAAGCAUUAGCUGAUUUAAAAGCUAUGUUAAUUAAACAAUAUAAUGAUCUAGGAAAACCAAAUUGGAGUGAAUACACUAUUGGAAUUAUUUUUAUUAUUAUGAUUAUUUUAUGGGUGACGAGAGAAUUUGGUGAAACACACGGAUGGGAUAUUAUAUUCGAAAAAGGCUUUAUAAGUGAUAGCACAGUUGCAGUAUUUUGUGGUUUACUUCCAUUAAUUUUACCGAAUUCAAAUCCUUUUCAAAGUAAUUGGAAAUACGAACCAAUUGUUCAAUGGAAUACUUUAGUAAAAAAUAUAUCAUGGAGUGCUAUAUUUUUACUUGGUGCUGGUCUUUCUGUGGCAUCAGCUUUCACUAAUUCGAAAUUAUCAGAGAGUGUUGCACAAGCACUUCGAUUUUUACAUCGUGUACCACAUACUGCAGUUAUUAUGUUAGUUAUUGUUAUUAGUGGUCUUUUUACUGAAGUAACAUCAAAUUUAAGUACAGCAAGUAUUUUUUUGCCUGUACUUGAUUCUGUGUCACGUUCAUCUUUUAUUCAUCCGGCUUAUCUUAUUCUUCCAUGUACUUUAGCUGUAUCUCUUGCUUUUAUGUUACCUAUUGCCACACCGCCGAAUGCAAUUAUUUUUGGUUCUGGUGCUAUCCGAGUAAUUGACAUGGUCAAAACUGGUGUUGUAAUGAAUAUUAUUGGUUUCCUCGUUGUAUUUCUUGCUGCAACAACUUGGAUGCCGAAAAUUUUUGGCCUUAAUGAUGGAACAAUAGAGUUUUUUUUCAAUAUGAGUACAAGCACGGUUCCAAGGCAGUUAUGA